GUUCAGUUUGCCUUUUAUUAUUUUAUUAGUACUUGCUACAUUUGUUAUUAGGAACACAAUUGUUUUUUGCCGUAUAGACGUACUGGUAUAGAAAAGGGCAUUUCCUUGGUAAUUGUGCGAAUGAACAAUAAAUGAAGAAUUAGGCUACAUUUAUGCACGACCACAUAUUCUUGAGAUGAAGUUCACUAAGCGAUCUUAGACAUAUUGUGAAUGUUAAGAGACAAUGAUGUGAGUAGUCCUUUGUUGCCCCUGAGGUCUGGUUGUCCCUCACAAAUCAAAACCCGGAACUAAUCGUCGAUCGUGGGUCUUGUUUUGCAAAGCGUCUUUGGAGGAGCUCGCACGGUUCGCCGCUCGCCGGUCAUGGAGAGUUUAGGAAGUCCGGCGCCCUUGCGUUUAUUCUCCCCGAUUCACUUUGAUACGCUGGGCUCGGUGCCGUCCGGACGGGUUGCAGACGAGGCGGGGUGGGCGAAGAAGAUGCGAGGCGCCACCGAUUUCAGUUUGAAUUAGUCGAUCGUGAGAUCCACGUCCCCUAGCGUCUCGGUAAGUUUCCUGUCGGGUUAAGUAAAGGAAGGUUCUUUUGUUUUCCGUCGCGCAAGCCAGGCCUAGCCGGUGCGGGAUGGGAUCCUAAGCCGGCUUCUCCGGCAACCUCCGAACACAACUGGAACACGGAGGGGGAGCAAAGUUAUAUCAUCUGUCACCGGUUAGCGCGGUUGGCGAUGUGCUGCGGCGUGCUCGCCCUGGGACCGGCGGCUGGCGAGCCGCUCAGAAACUGAAAUGGACUCCUGGCCCUCAAGACAGUGUGAUGGACCCCAUCCUCAGGAAGCUCCGAUGCACAGCAUGGCAGGGGCCAUCGACCUGUCGAGGAGGCGUAGAGAGACGCUGGUCAAUGCUGGUGCCGCAGAGACGCUAAACGGGGCACCUGGAUCCAGCUGCGCCAGCGGAGUGCCAGUGGGUGACCGCAGGGUCUCCCCCCCAUGUUUGGAAUGGCCCGCUGAUAGGACAGAGGUGCCUGAUGGGCCGGUUAGGACCAAGGGAGAAGCUGCGGGGGGAGCUUGCUUUGCGCAGCUGGGCCACGGGAAGUCAGCAACCGCCAGCCAAUGGGGAGGCCAGAAAGCGGAAAGACAGAAUGGAUCUGUGCACCCCCGGCAAAGGGACGGGUGUGCCGCUGGGUCGUGGGGUCGUGACCCGUGCUCAGGUGGGGCCGAGGGCCAUGUUGCCACUCGGGGGUGUUAUGCUGUAAACGGGGGGCACCCCUAUGGUGCAGGGGGCGCCGUAUGUACGGCUCCUGUGUCACCAGGUGCCAGGGAAGCCCCCCCCAUAGAGCCUCGGUCACCCACGAGGGAGAAUCCUGUUACCUCUGUUCUAGAUGCUAAAAGAACUGGGCCACCGGGGGAGAAAUCCAGCGGUUCUGCGGCUCUAGCGGGGCCAGAAAGACCCAGAAGGGACCGUGGCGAUGAGGCAUUGGUCACGGAAUCGUCCGGGGCAUCGCCGAGGCCCGGAGCAAGUCCGUUAGAUAACGAAGGCAUCUGGGGCAACCAUCUCGAUGCCGCUGUUGGUUGUCAUUUGAAAGAGGCGGGGCAUGGUACCUUCUCCCUAAGGACAGUCGCAUCCAAAACCAUUGACAACGUCAUACCUCUGCCGGGUGUUAAGGCGGCAAAUCGCCACCCACCUGAACAGCAUGCAGACGGCAGCAAAAUGCCGAUGAGUCUGCAGAGUGGAGUGUGUGAUGUUGGAGAUGUUCAGGCCUCACUGGAGACGUCAGCCUGGUCUGGGGAAGAGCAGGGGACAAAGGAGGCAUGUGACGUUCACAGCCGCCAGCAGCCUGAAUGCGUGGUCAUACUGCCACAGACCUGCUCUCCUGCGGCGCGACCUAGCUUAGCCGCGACCCGACCGGAGAGUGGUCUACCGGACACAUCGCCACCUAUUGGCGAAGAGAGGGAUGACCCGAGAAGCCUGGGUACGGCCAGGGCGGGCCGGGGGGGUACCAGGAAGUGUUCUGCGAGCAGCAGAGUCGUGGCGAAGAAGGCAAGAAAGAGGCCCAGGAGUGUGCAUGGGGGCCCGUCGACCCUCUUUGCCCCCCGGGAGCCCGAAAUCACGCUGAGGUACGCCAGCCACAAGGGGGAGCGACGGUGCUCGACGGCGGCAGACUCCUUUGUGCCCUAUGUCCGCCUGGAGCGGGGGGAGUUCAGCGUCUGCUCGGUGGUGAACAGCCCUGAGGAGGAGCGAGUCCGGCGGCAGGAAGGCCAGCCGCAGACGGACGCUCAGUUCAGCUCCUGCGGCCUGCCCUCCAGCUCCUGCCUGCCCUCCAGCUCCUGCCUGCCCUCCAGCUCCUGCCUGCUCCUGGGCCGCCUGGCCCCCGGGGGGGGUACGAGGCCCGGGCCCCUGUGCUGCCUCUGCCACAGGGCAUCCAACGUCUUAGAGCUGGGUGACCUGCACGGACCGUACCGUCCCAUUGGGACCGGGCCGCCCCGACCGCCACCCUCUACUUCCCACGCCCCAGAGGAGGAGGAGUCCAACCAGUCAGACUCAUCCUGCAGCCUGCAAGGCGGGGCACUGAAGCGGGGGUUCCCAUCGGAAACGGCUCACGGGCAGCUCGGCGACAGGGAUGGGUGCCUGACGCACCCAACCAAGCGGCCCAAAGAGGGCGCCCUCGCGCGUGAGCCGGACCCCGUAGAGUAUUGGAUCCACGAGGACUGUGGAGUCUGGUCACCGGGAGUCUUCCUGGUCCAGGGGAAGCUGUAUGGCUUGGAAGAGGCGGUCCGAUUCGGCCAGGAGACGGUAUGCUCCCUGUGCCAGGAGGGUGGGGCCACUCUGGGGUGCUUCUUCAAAACCUGCCCCAGCAAAUUCCACUACAGCUGUGCCCUUCAGGCUGAUUGUGUGCUGAACAAAGAGAACUUCUCCAUGAAGUGCCCAACACACAAGAACCGACCAGUCAAAGGCUUGGUUCAGCCGGAACGCUGGUGACACAACAGUGUACUAAAGAGUCGUGACAUUUCCCUGGAAGCAGAAUGACCCGGUUGGAUGGCAUCAUUGUGAGCUGGGUGUCGGAACGUGAGCGUGUCCCUCACAUAUGUGCUGUGCACCCACAAUGCCCCUGGGGGGUUGGGUCUGCCUGAGGAGUGGCCUUUUUCAAUGCAAAACAGAAUUUUUUUUUUUUUUUAUAUAUAAUUUUUCCUGGAAGCCUUCGUCUGUUUUUGCUGGUCCUUAUCUGCUCUGACGGAUUCCAGAACCGUAUCUUCAGAGUGGGGCCCGUUCACAGAAGGGACCAUCCUAAUCCACGAUGUCCAUCAUGAAGCUGGUGGGGGAAGAAAUGUAUCUCCUUCUUGGCAUCUGCAUAUUUUAGAUCUCACUGUGAAACUGGUGGUAUCCUGACCACUAAAAUGAACUGAAGACAUUAAUGUUUUUAUUUCGUGCAGGAAGUUAUAUUUUAUUGGGCUGGGUUGACUGACUUGUGUAUAUUUAAUGACGUUUUUUUUCUAUUUUAUUUCAGAGUUAUUUUAAAAUUCAGACGGUCUGUUUUUGUAAAACGCCAAGGUUAAUGCGAAUGAAAGAAUUCCUCUCUCUCGGAGUUAGCCUGGGUCGAACCCGAGUAACGAUUCUGCCCCUGGAGCUGCUACUUUUGGCUCCUCCCCCUCCCCAUCCUCCUCCACUGAGGGUCACCUUGCAUCACGCGGACAUAGCAAAUCGUGUCGUUUCCUCCAAUCAGCCGAGACAGGGCACGAGGUAAAGAAGCCUUUUCUGGUUGGUUCUUGCCUGCUGGUACUCUGGCCAAUCUGGGGCUCUUUUGUACACUGUAGUAUGAAACAUGGAGUGUGAGGAUGCUGUCAUGUUGGGGGGGGGGGGGGGGGGGGGGCUUU